CCGUGGCCCCUCGGGGUCACCCAGGAAGACAAGCAACUUUCUCCCAUACUUCUCGGUCUGUCUGCCUUCCCCACUCAGCUUUGAAUGAGACGCAGGGAGAGGGGGCGCGAGAGGGCUCGGGGCUAGGGGAGGAGCCGCGAAAGCUGCCCCCGGGGGUGGGCCUGGACCUGCGCGGACAGCGGGGCACCCCCCCCACUCCCUUCCCGGCGCUCCAGGAACGUCCCCGGUGCGUCCUGGGUCUGUCUGCGCGGAGUUCCCCGGGGCGCGAGGGGAGGGGACUGGAGAAAGAGGAGGGCCGGGCAGCGGAGGGGAGGAGGCGGUGCGUGCCUCGCCUGCCAAAGGGAGAUCUGCUCCUCUGCGUGCGAUCCCCGGCGCCCGCGCGCGCCCACAGCGCUCCGCCAGAGCCGCCGCCGCGGACUCGCCGAGAGUGGGGGUCUCCGCUGGUGCCAGCCCGCUUCUGGAGACCCUCCGCCUCCUGCCAACCCCUGCUCUUCCAGGUCGGGCCCCGGGGUUCUGCGGCUGUUAGGGACAGAGGCAAAGAAGGGCAGGACGGUCUGGUUUCCCGUGGAUGUUCCCGCCCGAGAAAGACAGCAAGUUGUUGUGCGCCCGGGACGCGGGAGGGAAGGUAGCCGCCGCCCGCCAGCCAUGGACCAUCAUCUUUAGUGCAGAGGAUGGAAAGUUGAUGCCCGGUAAGACUGAAGAUCAUUCUGCAUUACGGAACUGUGGAUUAUCUGUGGGUCCCCGGUGAUUUCACACCUUCAUUCACUCCUGCAGUCCCUGAACACUUACUUGGGGUCCUCAUUGCCCUAUCUGGUGAAAGAUGGCAUCCAGCCUGACUUGUACUGGAGUAAUCUGGGCUUUGCUGUCUUUUCUUUGUGCUGCCACCUCCUGCGUGGGGUUCUUUAUGCCUUACUGGCUCUGGGGAUCACAGCUGGGCAAGCCUGUGUCCUUUGGUACCUUCCGGAGGUGCUCAUAUCCUGUGCAUGAUGAGAAUCGGCAGAUGAUGGUGAUGGUGGAGGAAUGUGGGCGCUAUGCCUCCUUCCAGGGCAUCCCCAGCGCAGAAUGGAGGAUCUGCACCAUAGUGACCGGCCUGGGUUGUGGCCUCCUCCUCCUGGUGGCGCUCACUGCCCUCAUGGGUUGCUGUGUUUCCGACCUCAUCUCCAGGACAGUGGGAAGAGUGGCUGGAGGAAUUCAGUUUCUUGGGGGCUUGUUGAUUGGUGCUGGCUGUGCCCUCUACCCCUUGGGCUGGGACAGUGAGGAAGUCCGGCAGACUUGUGGCUACACUUCUGGCCAGUUUGACCUGGGGAAUUGUGAAAUCGGCUGGGCCUACUACUGCACGGGAGCAGGUGCCACUGCCGCCAUGCUGCUGUGCACAUGGCUGGCUUGCUUUUCGGGCAAGAAACAGAAGCACUACCCAUACUGAGAUGGAGCCACCAAGAGCAGACAGAGGAGAAGAUGGGCCAAAGGGGCUUGGAGAGGUCAAAACAUCCACCUACCUUCAAAAGGUGGGAUAGUAGUUCUAAUCCAAUACAAUGCUAAUAAAAUGAAACCCGAUAAAAUCAGGAACAUGAUAUAGGAAGGAAGGAUUGUAGGAGAUUUGUGGGGGAAAAAAAAAGGAGAGUAUAGAAUGAUGGAGAAAAAUGGACCAAAGGCUAAAAAUAUUGCAGAGCAUCGGGUGUUUCUAUUCCACAGAGUAUUGUUAAUGUACAACACACACACACACACACACACACACACACACACAACAAAUCUACAUAUGCAAACAAAGGUUUGGGUAUUAGUUUUUUUUUUUUUUUUAAGGUGAGGACUCAGAAAAUCAAAGGGCUAGUAGAAACAGUGUUAUGUUGGGAAGCAGGGUACCCCCAAAGAUGUUCCCUGUAGGUCACGGCACUCCCAAAAGCACACAAGCACAUACAGACAUAUGCAUCCCCACACACGCCCAUGCACAAACAUGUGGAUUAUCGCACAGACUGUAUGGGAGGUUUAGUGGUGCAUUUCUCCUCUGUUUUCUUUUUAAUAUACAUUUAAAAUACAGUAUUAUCACUUUAUAAAACAUACAUUAAGCCUAAUAAAUGGACCAAUAAGCCAAACUAUCAGUAUUUUGUAUAUCCUGCAUAAACUCUAAUUUAGUUCCUCAACAUAUUUUCAGUGUUUAUGCAGACCUUUAGAGUUAAGCCUUUGUAUUUCCAUGUUAUUCAACAAUAUGCAAUAUUUCUCUGAGUAGCUUCUGCUAUGAUAUUCUUAUGAAGAAAAGGGGCAACUUUCUGUCCACUAUAGGAGAGAAUUCAGCCGAAGAUAUGAGAGAUAUUUUCCAGUCAUUGGAUCGUGUUUUCUUUUGUCCAUUAUUGUUCUGUGCUGUACCACAUUGAUUUCUAUAUUCAUUUUGUAAAAAAUUUAAAAGUGCUAUUUUGUUUGUAUUUGAAAAUCUCUGUGAAUAAAUUCUCUCUUUGAUCAAUA